GCGGAGGCAGUCGGGAGCACAACAUUAUCGCAUCAUUAUUUACCUCCCAUGAAACCCACUCUCAGUCAGUGGUGCGAGAGCGGCCUCGUUCCUGACGUCAUUGAUGCCCCGCCUCCGCUGCAAAUGCGAGUUCGGUACAAUGAUAUCUCCGUAAAUUAUGGCACUAUCCUAACACCUGCCCAGGUAAUUCCCUCCAACGCAGCUGACUUGGCCAGGCGAAGAGAAUGGUCUUUACUCUCUCGUCAUGAUAGACCCUGACGCUCCAAGCCGUCAGGAUCCCACUCUUAGGGAAUUUCUCCACUGGAUAAUUGGUAACAUGCCCUGCUGUAGCCUUGGGUCAGGAGAAAUUCAAGCCCAAUACUUUCCCGCUGGACCUCCCAAAGGGACUGGUCUACAUCGCUAUGCCUUACUGGUUUUCAGACAACCUGAAUAUAUCAUUUUCCACGAGCCUGCACUAACAAACAGAUCUUUCGAGGGACGACCUAACUUCAGCACCCGGAAAUUUGCCGACAAGUACGAACUGAAAUUGGUGGCUGGGAAUUUCUUCCAAGCUGAGUAUGACCCGACGGUUGAUGAACUGUACAGGAUGGUCGAGCAGCAGUAGUCGUGUAUAUGUAUAUAU